UCCUAUUUUUCUUCAUGUGUAAUCCCAUUUUACCCUUUUACCCUUUGCAAAACCAAUUGAAAUAAUUCCCAAAAAUCAAAACUUUUUACCCUAGCCGCCGCCGGACCGCCGACCACCGACCGUCCUUACUGCCACUCCUGGUUUGCCGACUUCCGUCUCAGCUUCUGCCGACCACGAACCGUGAAGCUGAAUCAUUUUGUCAUUUUGAUUACUUGAAGUAUUGUGAUACCGCUAUUUGCUAUUCUUACGGAGGACCAGCCCUGAAUAGAGGUGAAGAAAAUGGCAGUCUUACUUAGAAGAGCACUAAUUUCUUAUCGGCACAUAUCAUUUGCUCUUCGAACCAGCUCUCUUCAAUCCCACCGUUACCUUUCUUACUUAAUUUCCACUUCUCCUUGCAAUACGCACCAAUCUGCCAUAAUUAGCAGCUUUUUGAACGCUCCAGCUACGAAUUUCCUUCUAUUUGGAUCUCGAAGAGGCUUCGCCAAAGGAAGGAAACAACCAAUCAAGGAGCAAGAUGAAGAUGAGGAAGAGCUGGAGGACACAGAGGAAGAUGCAAACCUAGGGGCUAACGUUAAAGCUGCUUCAAUCUCUCAAAUGGAGUCAGCUGUUGAUGCACUGUCACGUGAAUUGGCUAAAUUGCGAACUGGAAGGGCAUCAGCAGGGAUGCUUGACCACAUUAUGGUCGAACAUUUUGGUAUUAAGACGCCUCUUAACAGGAUGGCUGUUGUCUCGGUGUUAGACCCAAAGACCCUUUCCGUGACUCCCUAUGACCCAAAUGCCCUAAAAGAGUUGGAGAAAGCUAUAAUUUCGUCUCCAUUGGGUUUAAAUCCUAAUACAGACAACCAACGAUUGAUUGUACCAAUACCUCCAAUGACCAAGGAGCACAUACAAGCUGUGUGUAGGGUGGUUGCCAAAUCUUCUGAAGAUGUUAAACAAAGUAUUCGAAGAGCCCGCCAGAAGUCAUUGGACACUAUAAAGAAAGCAGUGCCCAAAAAGAAGGACAAAGAUAAAGCAGGUUCGAGUAUUUCGGCAGACGAUGCAAAAAGAUUGGAGAAAGAAAUUGACGACUUGACUAAAAAGUUCAUCAAGACAGCCGAAGAUAUGUGCAAGGCCAAGGAAAAGGAAAUCACUGUAGGAUGAAGGUUGACUUUCAGUACUACCAAAUUUCAUGUACAUUACAAUUUUCCAUCUUCUAACAGUUGAGGUUUAAUAAGUUAAUAUUUAUGAAUUUGAUUGUUUCUGUGGAUUCAUUUGAGGAAUUCUACUGUUUGCACAAGAGAAAAAAUAAAAUUAGUUGAAUCUAUUUCCUUA